AGACAUGUUCAAGACUAUUCGAGAAACUCAGGAGCUCUUUGAGAGUUUUCAUGAUCCCUCAUCUCCCAUCUUCGAGGAGCUUCAGUCCACCAGCUUCUCUCUCCAGGAUUACGCGAGCCAGUACGAGCAGGCGAGGAGCGCCUACCUCGAGGCAGCACAGGCUGUGAAGAUGGCUACCGGCCCCUAUGAAGCAGCUCGUGACGCGUACGUGGCCGCUGCUGCUACCUACACCAAGUCUCUGUACGCAUAAGCAGCUGCUGGACCUGAAUGUGUGUAAGGGAGGCAAAAGUGGUCCAAACAUGUGACAUAAGGAAAUAGAGAUAUAACAUGCAC